AUGAAAUUUAUACCAGAAGUUGCUAAAACUUACAACACAACCUUUGAUCUCUAUAAUCAAGUUAGCAAUAGUCAGUCAAAAUUCAAAUAUGAAGCCAAAAAUUGGUUAGCACAGUAUUAUGAUAAAAACAAUGAAUAUCAACAAGCUUUUGAGCUUUAUUUAGAUAUUAACAUUAGAAGAUCUAACAAUUUUCAAAAAACUAAUUUAUUGUUAGCAGAACAUAUUAAAAAUAAUAAAGAUGAGAUUGGUGUUAGUAAAGAUAAAGAGAAAGCUUUAAAACUCACAAAAGAAUCUUUAGAUAAAUGA